CGAAGAACCUGCGGCAGCCGAAGAACCUGCGGCAGCCGAAGAACCUGCGGCAGCCGAAGAAACAGCACCUAUUAAUCUAGUCAACUCGCCCAACAUGCCACUUUUCGACCCAAACUCUGAGAGCAACUUUUCCCCUGUGCUCGGGCUUGACGCGACAAUCCGUGACGAUCUUGGUCCUCAGGCUAUGGCUGGUGAUACUCCCGUCCGAUUCCAGCUCAACCACAAUGCUCAGCUGCGUCAUCCUGUCGAACAUCAACUUCUUGCCUCGCCCAACGUAGCCGAGAAGGAAACGCAAUCUUACUCUGCCGGGAAUCAAGGUCUCGCCUCCUUGGGAAUCAAUGAUGCUAUCUCUGGUUCUGUGUCCUCGGCGACUGCUACCUCUCAUGAUCUGGCCUCCGUUCGUUCAUACGCCCACCUUGAGAUUGAAGAUCUCCGACUGAAACUCGCGGAAUCGGAAAUCGAGAACAAGAAGAUCAAUGAUAUGCUGGCAGCGCGUGAGGCCGUCAUCAAAGAUCUCGAGGAAGAGGGAGCGCAGCGCAGGAGCGACAGUCGAACGCUGACCAUGCGGUUGAUCGAGGCUGAGUGGCAGAUCGAUAUAUUGCGCGCUGAGGAGGAAUACAGCGCCCGUUGCUUCGGCUACCUUGCGGGCGAGUUCAAGAAGGUUGCCCCGGAGAGGCACGGUACGUCGAGUCUCACUGUCGCUGGCUUAGUCUUUCGUUGAACGAAAGACUGAUUGGACAUGGAUGGUACUAACUUGGGACCUGUUCGUAGCUCUGAUAAUUCCCAUUCUGAUCGACAGCUCUCUGGACGACUAACAGUCUCGGUGAACUGGGAAGGCA